CUCUCUCCGCGCGCGCGCAGAGCUGGGGCGCACCACCGCCGAAAUGCCUUUCCUGAGUCCCCUGGGCGGCGACGGCGCCGACGACUUCUACUUCGGGUACGACGCCGGGUACCACCGCAGCAGCGGCGGUGCGGGCAAGAGCGCCAAGAAGGAGAAGGAGAAGGGCUUCCUCUCCUGCCUCCCCUGCUUCAUCCCCUGCUCGCCCGGCGCCGUGGACCCGACGGCGCACCGCCGCCUGCUGUCUUCCGACUCCAGCGACAGUGACAACGCGGCCGCCAUGGACGUCACCGCCGACCUCGCCCGCCUCCGCGCGCGCUACUCCCGCCUGGCCGCCGGCCCACCCGUCCGCCCCCGCGACGUCCCCGCCCUGGUGGCGCGCCCCGACGACCCGGCGCUGGCCGUGUCCGCGCUCUCCUGGCUCGGCGGGGACCUCCGCCCGUCCUGCAUGCUCCUGGCCCUGCUGCCCGCGCUGUUCCCGUCCCUCCCGGCCCACGCCCGCCAUGCGCUCGCCGCCGCGGCCCGCCGCCUCAGCGCCCGCGAGGCGGCGCUCGAUGGCGAGGUCGCCGAGUACCAGUCCACCUACGCCAUGAAGCUGGCGUGCGAGAAGACCAAGGACGGCGUCGCCGAGACGGCCGCCGAGGAGAUGUGCAAGAUGGCGCGCGCCGCCCGGCGGGCGGACAAGCUGCGGUGGCGCGCCGUGGAGGCCGCCGUCAAGGAGGUCCUCGCGCCGGCGCAGGCCAGGGAAUUCCUCAAGGCCGUCGAGGACGUGACGGGCAAGGUGGCGCGGCACGGCACCCGGUGGCACGCGCGCGCCGGGACGCUCACGGUGCCUGUCGAGGCGUUCGAACGCGUGCGCGCCAACGCCAGGGCGGCUACGGACGAUGCCUGGUGAGGUGUCCUCUGAUUGUGAUGUUUUGCUUCAGGCAGCCAUCUUCUUCUGAUCAUGGAUUCGUUCGUCAAUGAGGACUAGAAUGUUUCCAGCUUACGAUGAUUGGCAUGGUCCAUGUUCUUGUUGAAGGUUAACUCCUCUCACGGGAAAGGUGAAAUGCUUUAGUUGCUUCAGACAUGUUCUGUCAUUUGUUUCUGUACUUUCGAGGAUGCGGUCUGAGUUUGCACCGUUAGCUAUCGCAAAUUCAUUGAUGAGUAGUGCUAGUUGCUGAACCUCUUUUGGAGGAGCGUGUCAAGGUUCUGACCAGGUCUUUCUUGCAAUCAAACUUUCCUGCAGAAUGAUUUUGAAUCCCUUCUCUGUAUUUGUUGUUGGAACCAGUUACUCGUUCUUGGCACCUUAAAUGCCUGGUAUUUUUGUUGCUCAGUCCAUGGAGUGGUUCCUGUUGUUUUGACAAAAUUGUUUUUGCCUUUGAGAUGUUAACAAAAUUUGUUUUAGCACUAUCUGAAAUGUUUUUCAAGUUUCGACUGAGCACUAAUAAUACUUUGCUGGCUUUGGUUAUUUUUAGCCAUUUAUUUCUGCAUUUCUAGUAUAAUUCCAUCUGAGUUGGCACGCGAAGUGGUGAUUUCUCCAUCCCCUCCGCCGCCAAUGUGGAGACCGGUGAAUUUAUAUGUUCCUCUCACUUACGCAAUAAGUGAUUCAUUGGUCUUGGCUGAAUAGCAGUUUGACUAGAGACUUUAUAGUUGCAGGGGAUCAAAAUCAUCGAGCUCUUUCCUACACUUCCUUGUCGGUUUUGUACUGCUUUCGCCAUCUCUGCAUACAGAAUUGUGAUGACCAUCUCUUCUGUCCUGAACUCUAAAGUCCAUUUGCAGAAAGCAAUUUAUAAUGUUCUUGAUCAGAAACCUUUAUAGACUUUUGAGUUUGUUGUAGUUGGGCGUGCUUGUCUACUUUCUACUUUUCUAGAUUGACAUGGAACUUUCAGCAUAAAAAAUCAGCAAAGCUGUUACAAGAAAUAGUAGAAUUCACUUAAACAUAUUAAUUUCACUCAAAUGCCAAAACCCAUUAACUUGCAUUACAAGAAAAACUGUUGAGCAGGACCAUCACUAGACAUUUCGCCUCAGGCUCUGUUUAGUUCCCAAAAAAAUUUCUACAUUACACAUCAUAUCGAAUCUUUGGCCAUAUGCAUAAAGCAUUAAAUGCAGUUGAAAAAAUAAUUAAUUACAUAGUCCAACUGAUUACCACGAGACGAAUCUUUUAAGUCUAAUUAGUCUAUAAUUGAACAUUAAUAGCCAAAUAACAAUGAAAAUGCUACAGUAUCAAAAUCCAAAAAAAAUCGCGAACUAAACAAGGCCUCAGUUUGCUUCGAUUGGUUGAUUAACCUACUCUUCGCCUCAGUACGCUCGGCUUUCAGGGACAACUUGACAAAGUGGAACAGCUCAAGAAAGAAAUACCCAAUGUGCAUAUUCUUGAUCAGUUUGCAAAUGCAGCUAAUCGUGAAGCCCACCUCACAUGGACUGGUACCUAUUCUUGAAAUUAAUAGUGGUUUACAUUAAUCUUUUGAUCCAGAUCAUGGCCGGAUUGGGAAGUUCGGCAUGUUUAAUUUGUCCCUCAAUCAUGGGUUAAUAUUCAAAUAUUGUAUGGUUUUUAGUUGCAGUGGUGUGGUGUCGAUAGUGUUUGUUAGAUAAUGACGAGUAAUUCUGCAAUGUGUUGUCAUAGUAAGCUUUCGAUUUUCAUCGACCCUAACAUAUGGAACAGUGUCUUCAUUGAUGUUGCUUUUCAACGCUACUUUGAACUGACAAAAUAUAAGGAAGAGUGUUGCAGCUCCGGCAUUUGUUUUUUCAGGGCGCUAAGAUGAGAUAGAACGAAGGAGGUGCAAUACGCCUAGCUUUUUGGAUUCUGACCAUCCCGAGAAAUGCCAUUAUGAAAGGCCUGCGCCGCUGCACUUGCGCGUGCAUGCACGUGGUCCACGUCCUGCUAGCUGCUGGCGUCCAGGUAAUCUGUGUUUGUCUUGACUGCCUAUCAGCAUGUGCAUGGUAGCCGGUAGCCCACAAAUCCGCCGCUAGAGUAUCCAUAGUCACUCUUUUACAGGUCCCUUUACGCUCUCUAUUUUUCUUCAUAUUUCUUGGAAAUCAAAAAGAUAAUAUUC